AUGGGUGCCAGGAUGGGCGGCACACCCCCUGGGGUGUUCUGGGGGGCCGUGCCCCCCCUGACACCCCUCUUUGUUGCCCAGGUGGAGGACGGGGGCAAGGCCGCGCUCUCCCGCCGGCUGCAGCCAGGCGACGAGCUGGUGAACAUCAGCGGGACACCGCUGUAUGGGUCCCGCCAGGAGGCCCUGAUCCUCAUCAAGGGCUCCUACCGUACCCUGAAGAUGAUCGUCCGCAGGAGGAACGUGCCCGUCCUCCGGCCCCAUUCCUGGCACAUGGCCAAGCUCGCCGAAAGCCGCCCCGACGCCCCUGCCAUGCACUGCCCCGCUGACGCCUUCAGCCUCUCCUGGCCCUCAGGGUGUGAUGUCAGCGAGCUGUCCCUGCAGUGGAACCCGCUGUCCCGGCACUGCAGCACCGACCGGAGCAGCUCCAUCGGGAGCAUGGAGAGCCUGGACCAGCCCGGCCAGGCCUACUAUGAAGGGGACCCCUCACCCGUUGACCAGGGCAUGUACCACAGCAAGCGGGACUCAGCGUACAGCUCCUUCUCUGCCAGCUCCAUCGCCUCUGACUGCGCCCUCUCCCUCCGCCCUGAGGAAGCCGCCUCUGUUGACUCUGCCCUCCCAGGCCCCUGCAAGCCCCCUGACGGGCGCUACCUGACCACAGGCGCUGAGCCACCUGCCAGCCGGCAUCCUGAGGCCUGGCGAGUGCCUGUGCCCCCCCAGCCCCCUGUCAGGAGGGACAGCCUGCGGGCAGCCCCGGCUGGUGGAGGGGAUAGGCGCCGGGCAUCGGUGUCGGUGGACAUGCUGCAUGCCAAGGGCCGGUGGAUCUCCGACACCUUCCUCUGCCAGCGGGAUGGGGAGAUGGAGGCAGCAGGCAGGAGGACGCUGGCACUGCACCACAUGAAGGACCGUCUCUCUGCCGACCAGUAUUACAUGCUGAGCUCCCACCCGGACCGGUGCCCGGCUGAGCCACUCCUGGGGGAAAGCACAGAGCCUGGUGAUCAGCUGUACCCAGACGGUGGUUUGCACAGAGUGCCGGAUGCCGUGGCAGCAGGUGAUGACCCGUUGCUGUCCCCUCUCAAGGGCCACGCACCACACCGGCACAGUGCUCCCGAGCAGCUGCUGGCCUCCCAGCUCCGCUCCCUCCAGGUGGGCACCGGUAGCGGGCGAGCCUCACCAGCCCCCGAUGGCCACCGCUGGACCCUCUCCCCGCUGCACCCCGAGGACAGCCGGCCGGGGGCUGCAGGGGCUGCCCAGGACCCCCCCCUUUGCCCAGAGCCAUGCUGCCGCCUGCCGCCUUGCCGCUGCUGCCCUGACCUGCAGCGAGCCUGUGGGCCGGAUGGGCAGGGUGCCAGCCCGGCGCGCAGCACCGAAGGGCCGGCGCAGGAGGAGAGCCGGGCAGGGGGUCGGCGGGCUGGGGGUCCUCCCCACCGCUCUGCUCAGAUGCGCCGCCGCAGCGACCGCUUUGCCACCAGCCUGCGCAAUGAGAUCCAGCGACGCAAGGCCCAGCUGCAGAAAAGCCGGGGUCCUGGCGCCCCACCGCCUGGUGAGGAGCCGGUGGAGGAGGCAGAGGAGCCCCCCGAGGGCAGCAUGCCGGCGGAGGGACCCCGCACCUCCGCUGAGCAUCUCAGCCCCACGCCAAGCGAGGAUGGCAGGAACCCCGGCCGCUUGGGGGACCGGGGCAUCCCCACCCCUGACCCGCUGCCAGUCCCCAAAGGGCCCCCGUCCCCUGAGCGGGUGAUGCCAACAGGCCAGGGCCACUGGCGCUGGUCCCCGGAGCGCAAGCUGCAGCCGCAGCGUUCGCCCAGCCCCCGUGAGCUGGAGGGCUAUGGCCAGGGGCCAGUGGACCCCAGCUCUCCACCACAGGGCAGCGAUGAGGCUGUCCUCCUGCCCUUUGCCGACCGCCGCCGGUUCUUCGAGGAGAGCAGCCGGCCAGCGCCGCCCCGGCAUGGCAAGCCCCCGGUGGGUGAUCCUGGUGCUUUCCAGCCCCCCGGCCCUGAGCGCCGGGACGCUCGCCGCCUCUCCGUGGACCAGCCGUAUGGCCCCCCCUCGCCUGGCCGCCCUGGCUCUGCUGGCCCCUAUGCCGACUGCUGCCGGGAGCAGCCCCCCUGCUACAAGCCGCUGGGGAGGCCAGGGGAGCUGGAGUACCUGCGGGGCUUCUCCUACCCCUAUGGGGUUCCCCUGCGCCCUGAGCCCUGCCGCUACUGUGGGGGGGACCUGUGCCCCCCACCGCUGCCCCGUGGCCACGCCUGCCGCUGCCACCCCCAGCCCUGGGUGCGCUGCCCUGAGUGCUGCUGCCCGGCCCCCCGCCCUGGGCGGGAGGAGAGCAACGCCUGGCCCCCCCGGAGAGCUUUUGUCCCGGAAUUUCCUCUGGAUGAGUGGGAACCACCUGCGAUAACGAGGAAAGCCAGUCAGUCCAUCAGUGAGCUCUCCCGCUAUCAACCGGGCUUCCCAAGGCUCGGCCCCUUUCACCCCUGCUUUGAGAGCGCCGAGCCGGAGUGGCCAUCCUGCUACCGGGCCACAUCCACGCACGAUCUCUCAUGGGAUGGCGACCGCCUGGCCCGCUCCCCUGAGAGCCCCCCGGACCCCCUGCACCGCCCACUGCGGGGCAGGGCCUUCUCCGAGAGCCACCUCAACCUGGAGCCCAUCAGCCCCCGGGGCCGCGACCAGAGGGACCUUCUCCGUGCCAAGCUGGACCCCCCUGGCGUCCCCAAAAAGAAGGGCCCUCCACCUCCCCGCCCACCUCCCCCCAACUGGGAGAAGUACAGGCAGCGCCGGAUGUCCCAGCACCUACGGAAUGGUUCCGGGCACGGCUCUGCCUUCACCACCGCCCCUGUGCCGACCCACAGCAUUGCUGAGGCUGUGCGCGAGCGGUCACAGAGCCUCACUGGCGAGCAGGGGGGCCGGUCCCGGGGGCAUGCUGCUCGCCCCCCUGCCCCACUGGGUGCCUGGCCCCGACCCAACCCCUCCGGAUCACUCCGUAGGACGUCCGAGCCCGAUCCUGGCAGCGCUGAGAUUUGCAGGGCAGUGGGGGCCGGGGAGGAGCGGCUGAAGGUGAAGCACCCCUGGGAGAUGGAGGAGCAGCCCCAAAGCCUCAGUCGGAACCAGGAGCGGGGCUGGGCUGGCCCCCGCGGGGUGGGUGAGUGCUCUCUGCCCCUGCAUGGUGGCCCUGGCCCCGCCACCCCGGAGGCACCCAAGCCCAGCCCUGGAGCAGUGGAGGGGGCAAGCUGCCAGGGCGGCCAGCCCCAGCCCUGCCGCGUGGACUCGGAGGAGCUGCUGUGCAAUGUGGCGGGCAGGGACCGCUCCCUGGCCAGCAUCCUGGCCCCCUCGGCCCCCCUUGGCACCACCACCGAGCUGAUGGGUGAGCUGCUGGUGGUGGGGGAGCGGCAGGCCUGGCGGGAGCGUUUCCAGCAGGACUGGCGCCUGGAGGCCCUGGCGCAGGACAGGCAGGGCUUCGAGCCCAUCUCGCCACCCCCCGGGAGCACUGCCAGCUCCACCUCUUACCCGGCAUAUUAUGGUGCGGCAGCGGGCAAAGCUGAGCUGCUCGGCAAGGUGAAGGAGCUGCCAGAGGUGGUGAAGGGGAGCUCAGAGGAUGAGGAGGAGGAGGUGGACCACGAGCUGGUGGAAAAGAAGCUGCAGCUGAUUGAGAGCCUGAGCCGCAAGCUGGCGGUGCUGCGGGAGGCACAGCGGGGGCUGCAGGAGGACAUCAGUGCCAACGGGGCGCUGGGUGAGGACGUGGCUGCCCGUCUGCAAGCCCUCUGCACCCCAGGGGAGUUCGACAAGUACCGCCUCUUCGUGGGUGACCUGGACAAGGUGGUCAACCUCCUGCUCUCCCUCUCGGGGCGCCUGGCCAGGGUGGAGACCGCCCUGGGCAGCCUGGGGCCGCACGCCCCCACCGAGGACAAGGUGGCCCUGCGGGAGAAGCAGCGGCUGCUGGUGGCGCAGCUGGAGGAUGCCAAGGAGCUGAAGGAGCACGUGGGGCGGCGGGAGGAGGCAGUGGGCGCCAUGGUGGCGCGGUACCUGCCCGCCGAGCACCUCCAGGACUACCAGCACUUUGUCAAGAUGAAGUCGGCCCUCAUCGCUGAGCAGCGGGAGCUGGAGGAGAAGAUCAAGCUGGGCCAGGAGCAGCUCCGGUGCCUGCGUGAGAGCCUUGGCCAGGUCCCCAAGGGCUGCUAG